AUGGGAAAAUCUGCAGAAGAAUACAAUUAUCAUUAUAUUUGUCCAUUUUGCAUGGACGGAAAAAAUGUAGAGGAGAUGUUCAGAACCGCCAAUUGUAGUCACAACUACGAGUUUUGCGUCGACUGUAUUGGCAAAUACGUUGCUGCGAAAGUAGGUGAAAACGUCAUAAGCGUAAGGUGUCCUUAUCAGCCUCUCUGCCAUGGAGUCUUGACGCCGAAAAUCUGCCGAUCCGCCUUGCCCGAAGAAUUUAUCGACCGAUGGGAAGCCGCCAUUUGCGAGUAUCACAUUGCGUCGACGCAAAACGUGAUUUACUGUCCGUUCGAGGAUUGCUCCGCUCCGUUGGUGGUGGACGGCGGAAGAAAGUUCAAGGCGGUGAAGAUCACGUCCGCCGAGUGCCCGCACUGCCAUAGGCUGUUCUGCGCGCGGUGCCAGGUUCCGUGGCACGCCGGUUCUAAAUGUAAGAACUAUAAUCUUAAGAGCAUGGACAGAAAGUUUAGAGGCCUUGUCAGGGUUCAAAAGUGGAAGAGAUGUCCCAAAUGCAACUUCUACGUUGAAAAGGAUUCUGGCUGCGACCACAUAAUAUGCAGGUGCCGCCAUAACUUCUGCUAUAAAUGUUGUAGACAAUGGGAUUGGGGUCAUAGAUGUCCAAUGUCUUUUUCAAGGAAAGCAAUGAAUAAAGUUCGAUAUAUCAUCAAACAACUUUUGUAG